AUGGAGGAGAAAGUCGAAACGAAGGCGACGUUUGUCAAGAAGCGCAGUGAUAUGGAGGACUUGUAUUACAAGCUCCGGGAUUUUCUCACAUUGAAUAAGCAGAAUAGCACGCCUUCUGCCCAAGCGUCUCACGUUUCUUCCUCUGUCGUCCGACUACCGAAGAUUGAUCUACCCACAUUCGAUGGUGAGAUGGAUAAUUGGAUCCCAUUCUACGACGCCUAUCGUAGUUUGAUCCACAAUAAUAAGGAUUUGGCAGCUGUGGACAAGUUUCACUACUUGCUGGCGGCGCUCAAGGACCUAGUCAAGCGUCUGCUGGAUACCACGAGCAUUACCGGGGACAAUUACAAGAUUGCGUGGGAUCUUCUGGUUAGUCGGUACGAUAACAAGCGCCUGUUGAUCAAAACCACAUCAACUCGCUUUUCAAUGUUGAGCCCGUGA